AAAAAAACAGAAGCCGUGUGGAGAAGAGAGCAAGAAAGAGAGACAAAGAGAGAAGUGUUGGUGCAAACAAGAAGUAAAGCCUUGACUUGAGAUUUGAGAAUUUCGUGGAGGAUAUAGCUUGGAAAUGAAGAGAUUAAGAGACGAUGGUAGCUCUUUGCAGUCUAGUUUUUCGAGUGGAGACUCAUGUAGUGGAGGCAGAGGAGGAAGUGAUCAAACAGAAAAUGAUGGCUUAACCUAUCUCAAGGUAGUGAAGGAAACGCUUCAAGACCAAAGAGAGAAAUAUAAGAUGUUCCUUAUGGUCAUGAAAUUUUUUUUUGCUCGAAGAACUGAUGCUUCUAGAGUCAUUGCCAAAGUGAAGGAAUUAUUUGAAGGGCAUAAUAACUUGAUUUCUGGGUUUAACAUCUUCUUGCCAAAGGCCCUUGACAUUAGUGAAUUUUGGAGAGCUAUAAUUAUGAUAAAGGAACGCUUUCAAAAUGAUUUGACUGUUUGUAUGAUAAUCUUAGACAUUCUAAAUGAGUUUCGGGAGGGGCACAACGACAUAAAUACCAUCCACAAUCAGAUUUCCAUUCUUCUUAAUGGUCAUGCGGAUUUAAUUGAUGAGUUCACUAGAUUUCUUCCUAAAACUGAACCUGUUUCAGCAGAGAAAUGGGUGAGGAGGGUGUUUAGUGAUUUGAGACUUUUGAGGUGGAUUAGUUUGGAAAUGAAGAGAUUAGGAGACAGUGGUAGCUCUUCGCAAUCUAAGCAGCUGUCUGCUUCUUCGCGUUGUGAUUUCUAUGCACAAUCCCAAGCCCCAGUAGAUGGUGGUGGUACUCUGGGGAAAGUAACAGCAAAUGACGGCUUGAGCUAUCUCAAGGAAGUGAUGGAAACGUUUCGAGACCAAAGAGAGAAAUAUGACAUGUUCUGUAAGGUCGUGAAAGAUUUUAAGAAUCAAAGAAUUGGCAUUGUUGAUGUCAUGAUCAGAGUGAAGGAAUUAUUUGAAGGGCAUAAUAACUUGAUUUCUGGAUUUAACAUCUUCUUACCAAAGGGGUAUGAAAUAGCCCUUGAGGUUGAUGAGGCUAUCAACAUUUUGACCAAUAUAGAGAAACGCUUUCAAAAUGAUGAACAAGUUUAUGUAGCAUUCUCAGACAUUUUAAAUGAGUUCUGGAAGGGGCGCAAGGACGUAUAUAAGGCCUACUAUGAGAUUUCCAUUCUUCUUAAGGGUCAUGCGGAUUUAAUGGAUGAGAUCAAUAGAUUUCUUUUUUCCAAAAGCUGAACGUGUUUCAGCAAAGAAUGUUGAAACACUAUCAUCAAAACGAUAGACAUUAUAAAGCAUUCGUGGACAUUUAAAAGAUGUACAGGAAGGAGCACAAGGACAAAACCAAGGUCUAUAAUGAGGUUGCCACUAUUCUUUUUUAUGAUCAUCCGGAUUUUCUUGCUGAGUUCACCUUUCUACCACUAAGUAGCAUCACUUGUAGCACAUAAUGCCCCAUAUCUACGAAACUGGUUUUAGUAUUAUUAUGAGAAGAGCUCUGGCAUGCCCACAUACACGCGGAAAUGGUUAGUGUUAGGAUCCUUCCCAUUUGAAAUGGAUCCAUUUUACGGAUUGACACUCAAUGCACUGUCAAAUUCAGAAAGUAAAAAGUAACCUGAAACGUACUCAGAGCCUGUAACAUUCUUCAUUUUAUUCUUUUGAAUGGAUUCAUAAUAG